GUAUCCCCGCGCCACCUCGCGUCACACUCCGUGGCUCUCGUGGGGUCGCGAAUUCAUUAAUUCAUUCAUUCAUUCUCUCUUCAACGCUCCUCCGUCCACUUUCCAGCUGUCUCAUACUGUUUGAACAAAUCCGUAGAUAUGAACCACUUUGAAACGCUUGACAAGGUGAUGAACUCUAUAGUGGACAGCCUUUUUGGACAAAGAGAUAUUCGAGUGAGAGGAUGGCUCCUGCUGGAUUCCUAUACACCGACCUUUUUGCUUACCAUCACCUACCUCUUAACUAUCUACCUGGGAACAAAAUAUAUGAGAAACAGACCAGCAUACUCACUGAAAAAUGUCUUGCUGAUUUACAACUUCUCUGUUACCCUGUUGUCGUUCUACAUGCUGGUUGAGCUGAUAUCAGCAGUCUGGUCUGCAGGUUAUCGUCUUCAGUGUCAGGGAUUGUAUGAAGCUGGUGAUGCAGACAUCAGGGUAGCAAAAGUCCUCUGGUGGUAUUAUUUUUCCAAGCUGAUUGAGUUCCUGGACACCAUCUUCAUUGUGCUGAGGAAGAAAAACAGUCAGAUCUCUUUGCUGCAUGUGUAUCAUCAUGCCUCAAUGUUUAACAUCUGGUGGUGUGUCCUCAACUGGAUACCCUGUGGACAAAGUUUCUUUGGGCCGAUGCUAAACAGUUUCAUACACAUUCUCAUGUAUUCUUACUACGGUCUGUCCACCAUCCCAUCCAUGCAGAAAUAUCUGUGGUGGAAACGAUACCUCACCCAGGCUCAACUGGUUCAAUUUGUAUUGACUAUAACACACACAGUAAGUGCAUGGAUCGUUCCUUGUGGUUUCCCUCUGGGCUGUCUGAAAUUUCAGACUUUCUACAUGGUCACACUUGUGAUCCUAUUUGUCAACUUCUACUUGCAGACAUACAGAAAGAAGAGGCUGGACAGUGACAGAAUGACAAAGACUGGAGGAGAUCUUAAGAACAUCAAUCAUUCAAAUGGGCUUUCAUAUUCUCUAAAUGGAUCAAAUUUAAAACGGAAAGUACAGUGAAUACCUUCUCAAUCCAGUUGUGUCGAACACUAGUGAAAUAGCAGCUAUAAUCAUCUGUAAUUGAGUACUUUUUAGAAUAGGAAUUUUUUAACUUUUUUUGUUUUUAUUUUAUACAUUCCUGUCAAGUCUUGACACUAUGAGCUCAAUAAGUGGCAUACACAACACAUUUUAUAUGGAGGGUGUUCAAAACCACAGGUCCAGAUGUUCUUCAAAAUAAAUUACUCUUACGUAGUACAGUAUUAAGCCUCUUAAGCUUGUGUCUCGCUGAUAAGAAAUAUUUAGUAAAUUAAAUUAAAUAUUAGUAAAUUAUCCUUAACCUCCAUAUUCAGCCAUUGUUUAACAGAAAUGCCUUAUAUUAAUUAUUUUACCUGAAUGCUGGAAAACGUUUCGCUGCUGCAGAAUGUGUUAACUAUGAAUUUAUUAUAUAAAGUUAUCAUUUUAGACUCAUUUUAACCAGUUGGAUUAGUUCACAGUCAUUGAAAACCUGGAAAUGUUAGGGAUUUGAAAAGGAAUGCGAAUUUAUACAACAAAUAUGCAUUUUUAUAGAUACUGUAUGAGAAGCAGUGAAAUAUUUUACUGGCUAGAAUUUUUUGUAAAUGCAAACCUUACUCUGUUAAACUAUCCUCAUAUAGUAAUCAUCAUGGGAACCUUUACUUGCCUAGAAGUACAUACAUUUUAGGGAUUCUGAAGUUUUGUGUUUAUUUCAUUAAAGCAGUGUUUCUCAGUUCCAGUCAUCACCCCCCAGAAUGCUUUCGAUGUCUUCCUAUAUAAAACUCCCCAUUCAACUCAUCAGCUUGACACUGUGAAAAUCAUCUAUGACAUGACUUGUUCGAGGGCAUGCAAUGCCAUGCAGACAGAUCGGGAAACGACAGUGCCACGAGAGCAAUUCGAGGACUAUGUAUGCUUGCUCUCACUGUGAUUUCACACAAGAUCGGUCUGCGCAGCGCUACAUAAAGUCGAACAAAUUGAUCACUCCCUUAUUUGAGGCAUUUAAAACAAUGUUAGGUAAAGAUGCAAACUUUACAUAAGGUGCAAAUUACGCUGAGAAUGGUACAUGGUUUGUAGACAGCUUAAUUGACUAGUAUAUUAGAACUGAAGAUAAAUGAAUGUCUUAACUAAAUAAAAUAAAGCACUUCAAAUAAUUGCACCAGA